AUGAUUUUAUUAAUUUUAAUCUUCGUUACACUACUAAAUGCUAUGAGAUUACCAAAAGAAAUUAUCUUUCCAGCUCAACCACCAAUUGGACUUCAAGUAACGUGGAAUGGAUGUAGAGAAGCUGAAGGAUGUAAUGUUCAAGAAAAACUGAGUCAAUUAGUUCCUUAUUUUAAUACAGUCGCUGCAUUCUUUAGACCAAAAAUUGCUAUUGGAUUAUUACCACAAGGGAAAAAAAUGAAAUCAUUAGAAGAUCCUGCACCAGAAACAGUUACUAUUCCAGAAGAACCACCUGAAGGUUGUGGAUUAACAAUUAAAGCAGAUGAAUGUUCAACAGAAACUGGAUGUAAUGCACGACUAAGAAAUAUGGAAAUAGGAAAAUAUUUUAAUAUUUUAGCAUCACACUUCUCUCAAUUUUCACCUGAAUCAAUUAAAGGACCACAUGACACAUCAUUCCCUAUGCCAGUUCAAUCAGUGAAUAUUCCACAAAAAAAAAUUAAUCAAGCUAAAUUAACAGCUCAACAUAAAAAUGAUAUUAGAAAUAUGUUAAAUCAACAAAAUAAACAAAUUUAUGAUUCUCAAAAACCAAUGUUAAAUCAAAUGUAUCAAAAUAUGGCAAACCAACAAAUGACUCAAGAUGCUUAUCACAAUUAUAUUCAAAAAAUUAUGGGAUUAGAACAACGUCGUCAAUCAAUGUUUUCUAAUUACCUAAAAACAAGAAAUAAUUCCCCUCAUUUUGAAGACAUGUACAGUGAACCAACAAAAGCACCUUCUACUAAUCAACCAGCAGACCAUGAAUUAGAAGUUUAUGGUGGAAAUUAUUUUACUAAUGAUGGAUAUAAAAUAAUGAAAAAAAGACAUUUAGAAAAUUUAGGAUUAAAUGGAUAUGGAAAAUCAGCUUUUACUCCUUCAAUAACUGGUCCUUUAAUUACAAAAUAA